AUAUUUUCCCCCUUUCACUGGGAUCUGUCUCUCACUGGGGGGAGGAGAGAGGAAGAGAGGGACAGACGGAAAGCAUAGACGGAGGACGUGUGCCCAUGAGGUCGUUGCUGUUGGUGCUUCUGCUGAUUGGCGUCCAGGCUGUACUGAACAUGGGAGGUGUCCUGGGCCCGGUGGCAACCAGCCACAGCGCAGAACACCACACAGUAGCCAAUGGCAGAGCAAAACAGCAGCGGGCGGCCCGCCUCUCAGUGUCACCUCAGCAGGAGCAGCAGACUCAGCAGAGACCCAGCCGGACCAGACAGGCCCACAGGCCAGCCUCUCUACCCCAGGGCAGGAUCUCUUCCCUGGGCCACUCUGAGACAGGCUCCCCCUCUACCUCCUCCAUCCCGGAGGUGGACACCAAACUGUUCGGCAAGCGGCUCUACCACUCCUCACCGCGCGUCGUCUUCAGUGACGUACCCCCCUCUCACCACGGCCUGGGGGGGGAGACGGGGGAAGAGGAGGGAGAGGAGGAAGUGGGGAGGGUGACGGGUGGGGGAGUGAGGGUGAGGCGGAAGGCGGGGGGGCAGCCCAUGCACAGGGGGGAGUACUCCGUGUGCGACAGCAUCAGCGUGUGGUUGGGGAACCUGACCAAGGCCACAGACAUCGCCGGCAACGAGGUGGAGGUUCUGCCAGAGGUGAAGAUAGACAACGUUCGCAAGAGACAGUUCUUCUACGAGACCACCUGCCGUGUGGCCACACCCCCGGGGGCGAGGGCCAAAUCAGGGUGCCGCGGCAUCGACAGCCCCUCACACUGGAACUCGUACUGCACCAGCACGCACCGUACGUGCUCGCUCACCAAGUCAAGGCAGAUGGCGUGGAGGCUGAUACGCAUCAGCGCGCGUGUGUGCGUCCUCAGCCGCAAGUCCUGGAGGCAUUGA